GUUUCUCCCUAUUCGAUCCUGCAGAAAAUUAGGGUUUCUGCAAGCAAUUCUUUUAAUCCUAAUCCGAAAAAGGUUAAAUUUUUAGAGGUUUGCACUUGAUGAUUGCGCCCGACACUCCCAGAUUAUAUUUUCAGCCAAUCUCAACAUCCCUUUCAUGGUUGAUUUGGGAUUCCACCUUGCGGAGUCCCCCGUCUAUUCUUUCCUCCGUUGCUGCUUAAGCUAUAGUAAAGUUUAGAAUUUUGAAUUUUUGUUCCUCAUCAGUUCAGAAGAAGAACAAUCAGCCCCUUUUAUCUGUCUAAGUUAUGGAUUUAGAUGGCGGUAAUAAGCGUGUCUUUCAGCGUCUCCGUGGUCCUCCUCCCGAUGCCAAGCAACCGAAAGUGUGUUAUCAUUGGCAGGCAGGCAGGUGCAAUAGAUAUCCGUGCCCCUUUCUACACAGUGAAUUACCUCCUCCAACCGCCAACGGGACUUCUUCUAAAAGGUCCCAUGGGUCCGCUGAUGAUUCAGGGUUCUCAGGUCCACGGAGGAAUCCGAAUUUUAGUGGAGCGUCAACGUGGGGCGGUGUUCGUGGUGGUAAUAAAUUAAUUAGGAAGACCGAAAAGCUUUGUACUUAUUGGAUUCAGGGGAAUUGUACUUACGGAGCCCAGUGCAAGUACCUGCACUCUUGGAGUGUAGGGGAUGGUUUUUCCUUACUAACGCAGCUUGAAGGGCAUCAGAAGGUUGUCACUGGAAUAUCUCUGCCAUCUGGUUCAGAUAAGCUUUAUACUGGAAGUAAAGAUGAGUCAGUAAGGCUUUGGGACUGCCGAUCUGGUCAGUGUUUGGCUGUGAUUGGUCUUGGUUGUGAAGUGGGUUGCAUGAUCUGUGAAGGGCCUUGGCUUUUUGUUGGUGUUCCUAACUGUGUUAAGGCUUGGAACACUCAAACAUCGAGUGAACUGAGUCUGAGUGGCCCUGCUGGACAAGUUUACACUUUGGCUGUGGGUAACAAUAUGCUUUUUGCUGGUACACAGGAGGGGUCUAUAUUGGCAUGGAAGUUCAAUGCGGCUACUAACUCUUUUGAGCCUGUUACAUCACUUAAGGGUCACACUGGUCCUGUUGUUUCAUUUGUUGUUGGAGCAAAUAGGCUCUACUCAGGUUCAAUGGACAAGACAAUAAGAGUCUGGAACCUUGAGACAUUGCAGUGUUUGCAGACUUUAACUGGGCAUACUUCAGUUGUGAUGUCUGUUCUUUGCUGGGACCAGUUUCUUUUAUCUGGUUCAUUGGACAACACAGUAAAGGUUUGGGUAGCUACAGAAAGUGGGAACUUGGAAGUUACUUAUACUCACAAUGAGGAAGAUGAAGAUAAUAUAUUCAAAGCGUGGACCUUUUCUUAUCUUGAGUAUCUUGUUUUGGGUGUAAUUAAACUCUGUGGGAUGCAUGAUUCACAAGGCAAGCCCAUUUUGCUGUGCUCUUGCAACAAUAAUACUGUACACCUCUAUGAUCUGCCUUCCUUCGCAGAGAGAGGCAAGAUUUUUACAAAGCAAGAGGUUCGAGCUAUUGAGGUUGGUCCUGGUGGUUUAUUCUUCACCGGUGAUGGAACAGGUCAAGUGAAAGUCUGGAAUUGGUUGCCGGAGGCAGCUUCUUCCCAACCAAUAAAUGGCUCUUCCUAAUCGUGUAUUCCAUUCAUUUCUUCUCAUGACUACUAAGUUUCGUUUAGAGUGAGGAAAGAGGGUAGCGGUUGAUAUUAUGCAAUUUGAGUAUGCAUAGGAGGCAUAGGCAUAGGCAUAUAUGGAAAACACGUGAGUUUUGGCACAGCGGUAGCAAGCGUCCAUGUCCAAAUCUGUAAUCUUUUGAAGAGGGUGGGUCUUUCUUCUUGUUAAGGCCUGUCUCUAUAUAUAUUUCUAAUUUUCUUGUCACUUGGAAGUAUUUCAUGGGAUAUGUUUUGGUCCUGUCCUUGGCACAAAGUUGUCUCACGUGGCGUGACUCUGAACAAUGGAGGGACGCCAGGGUUUGUAACAUUACGUGAAUCAUAUUAGUAUCAUUACUUGAGAAGCCCCCAAGUCUAUUGCUUUGAGAAUCCCAUGGGGGGUUUCCCAACAGCUUUUAUGUCUGAGUGGUUUAUUACUUUCAUCCUAUUUUUCAACGA